AUGUUGGGACCGCGCGAUCUGAACCAGCAGGGCGUCGAGGUUGUGGCCCUCAAGCCAGAACAGCCGCUGGCCCUGGUGCACAGCCAGUACGCCCUGGAACAGAAGCCCGAUCUGAAGGAAGAGUUCCAGCCCCGGCUGGUCAUUGAGCAGCUCAUUCUCACGAAUUUCAAGUCGUACGCGGGCAGACAGACGGUGGGGCCGUUUAAUGCGAGUUUCUCCGCGAUUGUCGGGCCCAACGGGUCCGGAAAGUCCAACGUCAUCGACUCGCUUCUUUUCGUGUUUGGGUUCCGUGCCACCAAGAUGAGACAGUCGAAACUGAGCGAGUUGAUCCACAACUCGGAGGCGUUUCCGGACCUGAGUUUCUGCCAGGUCGAUAUCAUGUUCAAAAAGGUUCUGGACCGCUACGACGAGAACGGCGAGCUCCAGACAGAGUAUCUCUCUGUUCCCGACCUUGUGGUGUCCAGAAAAGCGUACCGCAACAACUCGUCGGAUUACUUUAUUAACGACAAGAAAUGCACCUACGCGGAAAUGCAGGCACUGCUACGAGACCAGGGAAUCGACCUUGACCACAAGCGGUUUCUUAUUUUGCAAGGAGAGGUCGAGAGCAUUGCGCAGAUGAAGCCCAAGGCCGAGGGGAACAGCGACGACGGGCUGCUGGAGUAUCUGGAGGACAUUAUCGGCACGGCAAAGUACAAGGCCACCAUUGAGUCCAGCAUUCGCGAGAUUGACGAUCUGAACGAUAUAUGUGUGCAGAAAGAGCACCGAUACGAGAUUGUCGAGAAGGCCAAGGAGGAUCUCGAAGGCGGUAAAGAGAACGCGUUGAAGUAUCUGCGCAAAGAGAAGGCUCUGGCAGACAAGAAGUCGUUGUAUUUGCAGUAUCGACUUCUAAAGGAUAGAGACCUGCUUGAGAAGAAGACUGUCACCCUAAAGUCGCUGAAGGAGAAACUGGAGAAGGAAAAAGAGCAGACCGCACAGCACAACGACGAGAUUGACGAGCUGACUAAGCAGCAUCACGACCUGAGCACAGAGGUGAGAGCCGUUGAGAAACAGGUUGCGAGUCUCAAGAGCGCGCACAAGAAAAUCGAGCGAGAGAAGAUCUCGAUGGACGAAAAAAUCAAGCACAACGAAAACCGCAAGAAAAAAGCCGUCAAGGCGCUACAGAGCAGCUCUUCUCAGGUGCGCGAGAACGAGGCCAACAUUGCUGAGUUGGAGAGAAGCCAGCAAGAAAAUCAGACACAGCUAGAGGAGCUCAACUCAGCCCUUAAAAAGGAGCAGGAGCAGCUGGAGGCAAUCAAGUACGAGCUUUCAGACAAGACCAAAGACCUUUCUGCAUCUGUUGAGAAAUUGCAGCAACAGCUGGAGCCUUGGAAAGAUAAAAUCAGUGCCAAGCAGGCUGACAUUGACAUCAAGACGUCGCAGCUGGAAAUGCUCAAACAAAAGCAUCAGGACCUUUUAAAUGAAACGAAAGAAAUAGAAGGCAAGGCAGACGAGAAGCUGGAGCUUGUGAAGGCCAAAGAGAAACAGAUCCAGCAUUUGCAAAAAGAGCAGGCCCAUGUUUCUGAGCAGAUCCAGCUCGGGGAGGCUGAGGUUGGCGAUGCUUCGAAGAAACUGAAAGCCAUGGAAUCUGAGAUCCGUGUGCUACGAGACAAACUCGACGAUGCCAGAAACAGAGUGACCAGCACAAAGUCGCGCAACAGGGUUCUCCAGGCAUUGACGCAUUUGAAGAACUCUGGAAGAUUGCAAGGAUUCCAUGGCCGUUUAGGUGAUUUGGGAGUCAUUGACGACAAAUACGACGUUGCUGUAUCCACGGGAGGCGGGUCGUUGGACGACAUGGUUGUGGAUUCCGUCGAGACCGCGCAACAGUGUAUCAAUUACAUGAGAAAAAACAAUCUUGGGUUCGGCAAGUUCAUUGUCCUGGAAAAGCUGAGAAAAUUCAAUCUUUCCAAAAUCCCCACGCCCAACAACGUUCCGAGACUGUUUGACCUGAUCACUCCCUGCGAUCCGAAGUUUGCGCCGGCGUUCUACAGUUCUAUGUACAACACGCUGGUUGCACGCAAUUUGGAGGAGGCCAACAAGGUUGCCUUUGGAGCGAAGAGGUGGCGUGUCGUGACGCUUGACGGUAAGCUGGUUGAUGUGAGCGGCACGCUGUCUGGAGGAGGAUCGCGGGUGUUCAGCGGCGCCAUGAAAUUGAGGUCUGCUACCACUAAGGGAGGCGAGAUUUCGGAGGCAGAGCUCAAUGCGAUGGUCGAGGAGGUCCAUACUAAGGAAGACGCGUUUUUGAAGGCCCAAGGUGCUUUCAACGAGAUGGAGACGGCGUUGGCUGCUUUCAAGGACAGACUGCCUGAAAUUGAGAUGGAGAUUUCGAAACUGAGACUGGAAAUCGAUAUGGACCAGCAGGAGGCCAAGGAAGCGAAAGUGCGAGCCAAAGAGGUUUCUGCCAACAAGAAGGCCAUUGUCGAGAUUGAAGAGCGGAUAUCUAAGGAGGAAAAGGCGAUUACGAAGUUGGAGGCCGAGAAGCAAGAUUUGAAAGACCAGUCACAAGGGUUGGAAGACCAGAUCGCCGAGCUUCAGGAUAAGAUCAUGCAGGUUGGCGGUGUGAAACUGAAAAUGCAGAAGUCAAAGGUCGACUCUGUUUUGCAGAAGCUGGAGAUUCUCAACGAGAAAGAGUCCAGCGACUCGUUGCAGCUCACAAAGCUGAAAAACCAGGUGACGCGAUUGAACAACCAGAUCAGCGAGAACGAGACUGAAAUCAAGGAGGCAGAGGCGGCUAUCAAUCAGAUACGUGAGGUUUAUGACACGAGUCUUGCAAAAUUCCAGGCGUCCGAGAAGGAACUGCAAGAAUUGAGUGCGCAGAUGGACGAGCUUGUGGAGAAGUGCGACGAGAUCAAGGAGGAGCUGAAUUUCAAGCAGUCCAAGAUUGCCGACCUCAGAAAAGGAGAGAUCAAGCUUGUCACCGAGAUCGAGAAGUGCGAGCAGAGCAUCAGCCAGUGCGACCGCAACAUCAAGAAGAUCACCAAUGAAAUGGGACACGCAGAAGCCCGCGAUCUGGAGGAUCUUGUUGGCUGGAUGGAGGACUGCGACAUCAAACAGCGGCUGUUGGCUCCGUGUCCGGAAUAUUCGUCGGAGGACCUGAAGAAAGUGGACUCCGAGGCGUUGGCGUCGGAGAUCGAGGAGCUCGAGAAAGAAACCGAGUCGAUGACGGUCGAUCUGGACAUUUUGCAGGAGUACGCAAGACGAUACAAGGAGUUCAACGAGCGGAAGGCGGAUCUGAACGAGUCGGUGACCAAAAGAGACGAGCUCAAACAAGCGUGCGAGGAUCUGAAGAAACGGCGUCUGGACGAGUUCAUGGCCGGCUUCAACACCAUCUCGCUGACGCUAAAAGAAAUGUACCAGAUGAUCACGAUGGGCGGGAACGCCGAGCUCGAGCUGGUGGACUCGCUCGACCCGUUCUCGGAGGGUAUACUUUUCUCUGUGAUGCCUCCAAAAAAAUCCUGGAAGAACAUCAGCAAUCUUUCUGGAGGAGAAAAGACGCUUUCCUCUCUGGCGCUGGUCUUCGCUCUACACCGCUACAAGCCUACGCCGCUCUACGUGAUGGACGAGAUCGACGCUGCUUUGGACUUCAGAAACGUGAGCAUUGUGGCCAACUACAUCAAGGAGCGCACGAAAAACGCACAAUUCAUCGUCAUUUCUCUCAGAAACAACAUGUUCGAGCUUGCCCAGCAGCUGGUGGGUAUAUACAAGGUGAGCAACAUGACCAAGUCGAUCACUAUGCAGAAUAGGGACAUAUUGACGGCCUGA